AAAAAAUAUUCUGCAAUAAAAACAAGUUCCUAUACAGUUAGUUUUAGUGAUCAACAUGGAGCUCUUCAUACUACUGAGUUUCUUUGUAUCAUUGUGUGUUGGUGGCCCAAAACCUAGUUCAGACUAUAUUCCAAUUAUACCCGGAGACAACAGUCAUUACGUAGAGGGAGUGAGCCGGUAUGUGUGGAUACCAGAUGGAGAUGAUGUACCACAUCUAGUUGAUCUUCACGCGAAAACUGAAAAUUUUGCCUCUAAAAGUGGUGCUCAAAACGAAUACUGGCUUUAUACUAGGCGUAAUCCCAACAAUCACCAGGUUUUAAGGAACAACAAUGCAAAUUCCGUACGAAACUCGAACUACAACCCAAACCUACCAACAGCUGUUAUUGCACACGGAUGGAACGGUGACGGAAAUUCUAAAGUGAACACCUAUGUCCGGGAUGCUCUUCUUCAUAUUGGCGAAUACAAUGUCAUUGCUCUGGAUUGGCGUAGAGGUGCAAGUGGGUUGUAUUCAUCUAGUGUACGCGCGGUUCCUGACGCUGGAGAACAUCUUGCUUUCUUUUUAAGCUGGUUGAUCUCGAAUUUUGGUGGUAAUUGGAACAACGUCCACCUUAUUGGCUACAGCUUGGGAGCUCAUGUUGUUGGAAAUGCUGGUCGUACACUCGGCAGACGGGUGGCACGAAUUUCUGGUCUGGACCCGGCUGGACCUCAAUUUGGUAGAAGCCCGCAAGCCUUAAACGCACAGGACGCUACCUAUGUAGAGUGCAUACAUACUGACGGUGGUACGAUGGGUAUCUUCGACCCUAUAUGUCAGACUAACUUCUACCCUAAUGGCGGCAACAACCCACAGCCUGGCUGUUGGAUUAACACUUGUUCUCACAGCCGCAGCUAUCAACUAUAUGCUGCAACUGUACGAUACGACCGCUUUAUCGGUAGACAGUGUGCAAAUCUUGAUGAAGCUCGCAGGAAUAGAUGUGGUGGUGCCCAAAUGCGUAUGGGCAACGCUAAUUUGAAUAAAAGAGGAUUUGGACUGUACGGACUAUCGACUGGUGGCGAAUGGCCGUACUAAAAACCUACGACUGAACACAUUUUUUAAAUCUACGCAACCUAUAGAAAAACUUUCUUUCUAACCAUAGAGAUCUGUAUUAUAUUUAUAUAUAUAUAUAUAUAUAUAUAUAACUUUUCAUAUAUAUAUAGCAUGGUUAUAUAACUGUCUCGUUUAAAUCGAUAAACAGUUGUAUUGAACAUUAUACACUUACAGUACACAAAUAAAUAAAAAUAUAGAAACAAUAUACACAUAUAUAUCUUAACACAAUCAUAGAUUAUAAUUUAAACAUUAUAAUCUAUGAUUGAUGAAAUUAUGAUCAUUAAUUAUUAUAUAAUUCUAGUUAUUAAUGAUUACUAAUCUGAUUGGUAGUUUUAUUAUUAAUGACGGCAGAAUUAUUUAUAUCUUUUAAUAAAAAAUCAAAGUUCAAAUUAAGAUAAAAAAAUAUUAAAAUAUAUUUAAUUUAUUUAAUAAAGGUAGAUUUUUGGUAUGUGUGUUUAUGGGCUGGAUGGCUGCCCUUUUUGAGCGUCCCGCAGGCUCAUAUGCCUCCGUAUUACAU